UAAGACUAGUCUUUGUGCGUACAUGUAUUAUUUCUGGUUACCUCUGGUGUAUGAAAGACGAAAUAUUUUAGGGAUUAAGGUACUUGUCUCCAUUGCUGUUUGCGAGCCUCUGCUCUUCGCUAGGUGCUGCUAGAUGCUGGGAAUGUAAUGACAAAUAAGAUAAGAGUGCCUUCCCUCUGCUGGUUCACAGUCUGUUCUGGGAGACAGAUAAGGAAAGCAGCAGUUGCAGUACUGUGUGAAUGCUGCUGUGAUAGGAACACAAAUGCUGCUUUGAGCUGCUGCAGCUCACACCUCUCCAGGGGCUUAUUCUCUUUCCUACUCGCUCUUUACUGAGUGUAUUUGAAGAAGAUGCUGGCACUCUCACGGAUUAUACCAACCAGCUGCUCCAGGCGAUGCAACGCGUCUAUGGAGCCCAGAAUGAAAUGUGCCUGGCUACUCAACAGCUUUCUAAGCAACUGCUGGCAUAUGAAAAACAGAAUUUUGCUCUUGGCAAAGGCGAUGAAGAAGUAAUUUCUACACUCCAGUAUUUUUCCAAAGUGGUGGAUGAGCUUAAUGUUCUCCAUACAGAGCUGGCUAAACAGUUGGCAGACACAAUGGUUCUACCGAUUAUACAGUUUCGAGAAAAGGAUCUUACAGAAGUAAGCACUUUAAAGGAUCUUUUUGGACUCGCCAGCAAUGAGCAUGACCUCUCAAUGGCAAAAUAUAGCAGGCUUCCUAAAAAAAAGGAGAAUGAAAAGGUGAAGACUGAAAUUGUGAAGGAGGUGGCAGCUGCCCGGCGGAAACAGCAUCUUUCAUCCCUUCAGUACUACUGUGCUCUCAACGCGCUGCAGUACAGAAAGCGAGUGGCCAUGAUGGAGCCCAUGCUAGGCUUUGCCCACGGACAGAUUAACUUUUUUAAGAAGGGAGCAGAGAUGUUUUCCCAAAGUAUGGACAGCUUCUUAGCCUCCGUUGCAGACAUGGUUCAAAGCAUCCAGGUGGAACUGGAAGUGGAAGCGGAGAAGAUGCAGGCAUCCCAGCAAGAAUUACUUUCUCUUGAGAAAGCUGUUUACACUCCAGAUUUCGAUGUGGCUGCACCCCAGAUCAACAGGAACCUCAUCCAGAAGGCUGGUUACCUUAACCUUAGAAAUAAAACAGGGCUGGUCACCACCACCUGGGAGAGACUCUACUUCUUCACCCAAGGCGGGAAUCUCAUGUGUCAGCCCAGGGGUGCCGUGGCCGGAGGCUUGAUCCAGGACCUGGACAACUGCUCAGUGAUGGCAGUGGACUGUGAAGACCGACGAUACUGCUUCCAGAUCACCACUCCCAAUGGAAAAGCGGGAAUAAUCCUCCAGGCGGAAAGCAGAAAGGAAAACGAAGAGUGGAUAUGUGCAAUAAACAACAUCUCCAGACAGAUCUACCUGACUGACAACCCAGAGGCAGUCGCCAUCAAGUUGAAUCAGACGGCUCUCCAAGCAGUGACUCCAAUUACAAGUUUUGCAAAAAAACAAGAAAGCCCUUGCCCCAGCCAGAACAUGAAAAAUUCAGAGGUGGAAAAUGACAAGAUUGUUCCCAAAGCAGCAGUCAUUAUACCUGAAGCUGAACAACUAAUUGCACCUGGAACACCUAUUCAGUUUGACAUUGUACUUCCUGCUACAGAAUUCCUUGAUCAGAACAGAGGGAGCAGGCGUAUCAACCCUUUUGGUGAAACUGAGGAUGAGACAUUUCCAGAAACAGAAGAUUCUCUUUUGCAACAGAUGUUUAUAGUUCGGUUUUUGGGAUCAAUGGCAGUUAAAACAGACAACACUACUGAAGUGAUUUAUGAAGCGAUGAGACAAGUAUUGGCUGCUCGGGCUAUUCAUAACAUCUUCCGUAUGACAGAAUCCCAUCUGAUGGUCACCAGUCAAGCUCUGAGGUUGAUAGAUCCUCAGACUCAAGUAACAAGGGCCAAUUUUGAACUCACCAGUGUCACCCAGUUUGCUGCUCAUCAAGAAAACAAGAGACUGGUUGGAUUUGUGGUCCGCAUGCCUGAAUCCACAGGCGGAGAGUCCCUGAGCACAUAUGUUUUUGAAAGCAACUCAGAAGGCGAAAAGAUAUGUUAUGCUAUUAACUUGGGAAAAGAAAUCAUUGAGGUUCAGAAGGAUCCAGAAGCAUUGGCUCAAUUAAUGCUGUCCAUACCACUAACCAAUGAUGGAAAAUAUGUACUGUUAAACGAUCAACCAGAUGACAAUGAUGGAAGUCCAAGUGAAAAUAGAGGCGCAGAAUCUGAAGCAUAACCUUCUUGCGCCUUUGGGUGAAGAGCACCCAGGAAGGAGAGCUACCUCCUUAAGGGUUUUCAACUUCUCUGAUACAUACAGGCACACCACUUGGUUUCAGAAUGCUGACAGCCGCUUGUGGAACGUACUAUUGAUGCCUUGAUACUGAGACUUGGGAGGGAAACAGUAAGAAAUGGUUGACAACAUACCCAUCUACAAAUGUUAUUUUAGGUGCUUUGUGGUAAGUCCUUUUCUUAGAUUGCAUUGUUCAGUGCUCAGAAUGAAAGCUAUGGAAAAAAUGCAUUGUUCACUCUAUUUCAGUGUCAUCUCUUUUCAGUUUCCAGUAUCUUUUCAAAAAAUGGUAAAAGGCUAGAUUUAUAAUUUGAUAAACACUAAAUAUUUCCUAUUAAUAUAAUCUAUUUUUGUAUUUUACUUUUAAGUGCCUGUCAUUCUGAAAAUUGUAUAUUUAUAAUCAAGUUUGUCUCAGAAUUGGACCUAACAGCAUUAAUUUGUGCAGUUAGGUGAUGAGCCCUGUGCUUUGAGGCUCAAGCACUAGCAGAAAUGCAGGUCUAGUUUUGGUAAUUGUCCAAACAUCAUGCAAUAAAAAGACAAGCAGAUGAGUACCACAAAAGAUGUUUAGUUUUACAGUGGAACCUUAAUGAACCAGCAUUCAGAAGUUCAUGGUCCUUUAGAUACUGUUUUUAGGGGUGGAUCACCAGGGACAGGGUGCAGCUCUACCAAUUCCUGUUUCUUCUGAGCCAGACCCUCCUUAAAGGAGGGACCAAUUAACUUUAAAACUCACUUGAAGCACAGCUGGCCAUGGGGCUUGGUAUAAAAGUUCCUAUUUCCACCCUGACAGAUGGUUCCAGGCAUCCCAGCCGACUAGGAAAUAAGUAUAAUGAUCUUUAAUUGGUACAGUAUGUUUAAUUAUAACGAAGUUCAACAGAAAUAUCACUUUCUUUGUAAUAAAUUAACCUAGCAGUAAAAGCUAGCAAAUAAAAACUAUCUUUCUGUUUCUUU